UUAAUCCACUACUCAUCUCCUGCUUUAGACCACGUACAACACCUCUCCACUACAUCCUCACCGCCUCUCUCCCUUCUCCCAUAUGAAUCAGAUCCAACGAGCUCUUCUCCUCUGCGCAUCAAUUCAUCGACUUCACCGCAUCGUCCACACGCCAUCGUCAAAUUCAUCCCAAGCCAUCACCGUUGUUGGCUCCGCGGCAGGCCGCCGCGUGUCAGGCAGUGAUGGUGACCAAAGUGGCAACCGCGACUAUGACGAUGGGGUGGCGGCAAGUCGGCAACAUCGGAGAACAGUGACGGUGGUGGCAGAUGGCGAUGCUGGUGGGCCUGCCAAGGAUGGAGACGCCGGUGGGAGGCUGCGGCGAGGCGGAUGGCCAGAGGCAGGCUGCGCAUGCUAGGGGUGGUUUUCCAUUUGCGGCUACCCAAAAUUUCGACUCACAAGCCUCGUGCUUCGUGCACCGUGCAAUACCUCCUAAAUCAUUAAAUGAAAUAUUAUAACAGGGGUGUUUUUGUCCAUUAAAGCUAUUUUUAGUCCUAUGAAACUCUACUUUCGUAAGCAGUCCUAUAUGUGCAAUAAAGUUUGCAAUAAGUCCGAUUUGAGUCAUUAACUCUAAAAUUAAAUAGAGCCAACAUCUAUUAAGAUAACAAUUGGGAAAACUGGAGUAUGAGCAUACAUUGGUUUGUGUGUGUAGGAGAAGUUAAUUUCCUAUGGUCACACAUAUGGCCUACAUACACGAUUGAAUAUACACAAUCAAUAAACCUUAUGAUUUGGGGCUAAGAAGCUUACUGGGAAAAGGGUAUUGCGUACUGGAAGAGAACUUGUGCCAAUUUGUGAACACAUAUUUACUAA